AUGUUCUUAAUUUUCAUACCAUCAAAAUACAAGAAGAAGGCUAAGUCGAGGCCUCGCCAGACUCAGUCUGCGGCUAAGGUUAAGUCUAAUUUUAAGGUCAAAGCCAAGGGUAAGGGCAAGCAGAGUGCCAAACCCUCUGGGGACAGCCCCCUAAACGUUUGGGAAGGUCUUGGCCUUCCUCAACCGGACCUUCCAGUAGGAGGUCGACUGUCCGCCUUCUUUCCUCAAUGGAAGGAGAUUACUCAGGACAGUUGGGCAUUGUCAAUAGUUGCGGAAGGAUUGAGCAUCCCGUUGUUACGGGAACCUCCGCUCACAGCAGAGCCAAUCUUUUUCCCACCCCCGGUGGAUCUAGAGAAGGCUCUAGCUGUCAGACGGGAAAUUGCUACCCUGGUCGAGAAGAGUGCAGUCGAGGAGGUCCCACGGCACCGGUUCUCUCCAGGCUUCUAUUCCCGAUUUUGUCUGGUGAAGAAAAAGUCGGGAGCUUGGUGCCCGAUUAUAGACCUAAGGCCAAAAAAGAUAAAAAUUGAGACCCCGAGAGGCAUUAUUACCUCAGUCAGGGAGGGAAUAUGGGCUACAUCAAUAGACUUGAAGGAUACCUACUUCCACAUUCCCAUGAGGAAGUCGGACAGGAAGUAUCUUCACUUCUCAUGCGAGGGCAAGAUAUUCCAGUUCCGGGCUAUGCCUUUUGGCCUUACCACAGCCCCAAUGGUUUUUACCAAACUACUGCAGGUUGUGGUCGGGUUCAUCCCCUCCCGAGAGAAAACAGAACUGUCUCCCUCCCAGGACUUUGUGUUCCUAGGCUACCGGUUCAACGUAGCCAGGGGUAUAAUCCUUCCAACUCAGGAGAAAUUCAUCAAGGCAAGGAGUCCGGUGCUUCAGUUUAUCCAGACUUCUGCGGUACAGGUUCGUUGGUACCUCAGUCUGCUGGGGUUUCUCAACUCACUAGCAGAUGUAGUUGCUCUUGGCAGGCUGCACAUCAGACCUCUGUAG